AUGCUUUUGAUUCAUCAUGUUUUAAAAUUCUUUUCAGCCAUUGCAGGCGACGAGAAAGACUAUCUCGAUGGUCAGAAGACCUUGGACACUGUCGCUUUAGCUCAUCACUUUCAAGUAAGAGCCGAUUGACCAACAAAUACUAACUACUGUACAUACACUAUAUAUAGUUUACUAGUCUCAUUUAUGUUAGCUAUAGCUAUUGGGAUAUAUAUCCAUGCCUGUUGCCACGUGUUCGCCUGGUCUGGGACUUUUAAUCGCAACAAAAAAUUGGCAGAGAUUUUCUUAAAUCACCCAACCCCAUAAGUUGGCACGUCUAGUAAAUGGCAAAGUGUCUGCCGGUACCAAUAGGCAAUUCCAGCUUUUGACUAAAUUUUGAUCUCGGCACGAAGAACAAACUCCAUCACCACAGCUAGAAUGAACAUGUUAAAAUGAGUAAAAUUGCAAAGUUUGGUUGCGAAAUGUUGUAAAAUACGGAAAAUAUAGCCCUGCGAAAUUUGCAAAUUUUGUAUUAAUUUGUAUUACGCGCGGGAAAAUGCACCACAUUUGGGCUGAAAGCGGUGUAUUUUCCCGUGCGUAAUACAAAUUAAUACAAAAUUUGCAAAUUUCGCAGGGCUAUAUUUUCCGUAUUUUACAACAUUUCGCAAUCAAACUUUGCAAUUUUACUAAUUUUAACAUGCUCUUUCUAGCUGUGGUGAUGGAUUUUGUUCUUCUUGCCUAGAUCAAAAUUUAGUAUAUAUGUAAUAUAUGAACAACGAGAGCGAGUGUUUCACCGGGAUAUCUGCAAACACGAGAAAACAAUGUAUGAAGAAACAAUGUAUCGAGUUGUUUAUAUGGCUUCUCAAAUGAAUCGAGACGUAACGGAAUGUUUUCGUUUGCUGAUUUGAAUAGAAUUCUUAACCAAGCAUAACGUAAUUAGCAAUUCUAUUCAAGUAAUUCUGCAUGCGUAAAUUAAGAUAUUUGAUGAAAACAUUAGUGACUUUCAUCAAGUUUUCCCGGGUUAUCCAAAUGGCAUCUUGUGAUCAAAUAGGUGAUUAUCAUUGGCUGAAUUGCUUAUGAAUUAUUAAUGAAUUUAAAUCUAUUUAAAAUUUUUCACGCUUGAAAUCACAACUUCCAACAACACAAACAACAACUAAAUGUUUUCGUUGUAGGAGGCGAGCAGGGGCUCGGACCUAGGCUCUAUAUUUGAAAAGAUCCGUAUCGCGGUGUACAAGAAUGGAGUACGAACGACUGAGUUCUUUCGUGAUCAUGAUAAGCUCAGGAGUGGCAUUAUCACAGAAAACCAGGUAGAAUUGUAACUUUUCAAUAAUUAUAUGUUUUUUUCAUAAUCUAUCAAGAUACGACGGUCUGGAAACUAAACAGAAGUCAUUGUAUUAUGUCUUUGUCGGAGUUUAUGUUAAUUUGUGCACGGUCACGGUAAUUGAGCUCAUUGUAUUUUCGUACAAUAAUUAUUAUUUUAUUUAUCCUGCAUGGAUAUACCGACAUCACAUGCGUGUUUUUCAGUGGGGUCCCGCAUCAAAAAUACAAUCAUUUACAAUACUUGCUCGUUCACUGUUCGUUCAUCAGAAAACUCAUGCUGUAUAUUCUAUACCAUGCGGUGACUGCGAGAAAGAGUAUUUGGGUCAGUCUAAACGCCAGUUUGGUACACGGCUAAAAGAACAUCAAAAGGCUGUUUCAACUUUAGACAAGGGAAAAUCAGCUUUAGCCGAACAUGUAUGUUACACCAAACACGAGAUUGCGUGGGAAAACUCUAAAGUAAUUACCACAAACAAUCGCUAUUUACAAUACUGUCAAUAUUUAAACAGUAUACACAUGAGUAUAAAUAUAAACAAAUAAUUAUGUAUUAUGUAUAAGGAUAGCUGAUAUGAAACGUGCAACCACGAUGUAUAAUAUUUAAUGAGGUUGAGACAAAGGAUUUGUGCACCGCGUGAGGUACAGUUCAACAUCAAACAAUUGAAAACAAAAGAAUUCCAUUUUGUGGCUUUGAAAUUUGCCGGCUUUCCAGACCAUCAUAUACCUUGACAGUAUGGUUUUUUUGGUAGUAUUGUGUAUAGCAAAGCCUAUAUAUAGGGCCAAAAAAAAUAUAUGUGGGUUUCCGGUUUCUUCUUAUAAAAACUUAGGUAGGGUAGGUCGGUUUUAACUCUUUUUUUUAACUUUUUUUUAAAUUUUCCUAACAACCGGACGCCAUUUUGUUUAGUCAGUGCUUCCACAUCCAAAGAUAAAUUUCCCUAAUAUUGCCUCAAAUUUCAAUUUUCCACAAACUUUUUCCUCUAAGUGGAAACACUUACAAGCAUAAUCCAAUAAAAAGUUUAGAGCCGGGAUUUCGACGUCCAAAAGCUAGGUAGGGUCGGGAAACCGGAAACCCACAUAUUUUUUUUUUGCCUAGCUAGCCAAUCUCUUUACCCAUUCAUGCUGCAAUACGCCCUACUUUAUUCUUUUACUCUGUCUAACGUCAGACGAUUUUAUACUCGUUAUGGGAAGAAUCAUGCGCUUUAAUGGUUAAUCAUGUAGGUUAAACGCAUCUGUUUGGUUAGUGGUCCCUUAUUCGCGAUUUAUCGCACCGUGUGACGUCGAAUAGAGGGUCUAACAUGUUUUCUUUAAUUAUCAUUUGACGCAGUUCGUGUGUGGUUUAUCUCUGUGUUGUGGUACUAUUGCGAACUUAUCACGUGAUGAAAUACAACAAGUUGUUGAUUUCUAUCGUACAGAAGAUGGCCGUGUACGCUAUAAAGAAUUUUGCCAUAUGAUGGAGAAUGGUAAGUCUGUCUUAUGGAUAAAGAAGCUAUAGAUAACUAUAAUGUCUGUCUGUUGUCGUGGGAUUUUACAACAAGAUCCGUGUAUUUGGAAUGAAAACGCACGGAAAAACGGACACAGAACUUACGGAAAGUUGGAGACAUCUGUGGAGGAGAGACCAGCCGUGGCCAAAUUGACAAUGAGAUUUUUGCAAAACUUGUAGUAAACAAGCAGCCAUCUACACACGGAAAAUGCACAAGUUGUAUACCAAGGCUGCAGCAGACUUGUAGCAAUGUUGUUCCAACGACUUGUCAACACGAUGUGUUCGUACGGCUUGUUCCCAGCUUGUUGACAAGUUGUCAACGGCUUGUUGACAACUUAUAUGCUACAAGUUGUUGAGCUCAACAGUCUUUGGUUACAAGUUGUUCCAUUGUUAUCGUCCUGCAAUAGGCAAUUCCAGCUACAGACUAAAUUUUGAUCCAUAGGCAAGAAGAACAAAAUCCAUCACCCAAAAUGUUAAAAUUAGUAAAAUUGCAAAGUUUGGUUGCGAAAUGUUGUAAAAUGAGGAAAAUAUAGCCGUGCGAAAUUUGCAAAUUUUGUAUUAAUUUGUGUUACGCGCGGGAAAAUCCACAUAUGGGCCGAAAGUGGUGCAUUGGGCAGACGUACCCCCAAAAUUACGGAUUUUUGCCUAAUUGAUUCCAACAUUCCUUAGUCCCUGAUCGAAUCCCAUCAUUCCAUGCAAUCGUAUUUCAUGGCUAGGCAAGUCAGAGAUGUUGGAUUUGUAUGCAUAUAUAGCUAUACUUAAUUAUUGUUUUGAAAAUAAAUAUGCAAAUACAUCCCUUGGAUCGAAGAGCAUUUAUGAUCUUCACAUUGUAUUUUGUAUUCUAUUUUCAGCCUUUACAGAACCCGAACUUGAAAAGAAACCAACCACACAAACUCUUCGACCACCUGUUGGUGCUCUCAUGAAGGUAUGCUUCCUAGCAUUGCUGUAUAGGUGCUGGUCAACUCUCAAGGAAUUCUCAUCGCGUUCUUCCCAAUAUUACCACCAACGUGACAUUAUUCGACAUGAUACUUUAUGACACCCAACAUAAUAUGACCCCAUCAUGAUGUGACCCAAACAUAUGAUAUUACUCCAACAUAAUAUUACUCCAACAUGAUAUUAUAUGACUCCAACAAAACAUUACCCCAUGCAACAAUUUGAUAUGACCCCAACAUUAUUACCCUAACGUUAUAAAUUAUUAUCCCAACGUGAUACAGUAUGACCUCAACGUGGUAUUGCUCCACUUCGUAGAUAGGACUCCAUGCUACAUGGAACAACGGACUCAUUUUUGCCUAAUGGACUGGUCAUAAAGUAACUGCUAGGGUGGGCUGGAGGUAAAUCACAAAUUUUGACAAUAAGUUUGGUGACCCAUCUUAGGAUGUAGAUAAAAAAUUCAAAGCCCAUCUAAUCUUAGCAAAUUUAUUUCAUGACCCACCCAAUCUAAAUUGGGAAAAUACAAUUUUAUAACAAAAAAAAACUUGCAGGUAUCAACAUUGUAAAUAUACACCGGCACUGUAUUGACAUAUACAUAAUUACACCAACACAUUCAUCACCAAUUACGAUACUGAUUACUGAGCUGCUCUCCAGUUGGUUGUAUUUACUGUGAUUCGACCACUUCUUGUUGUUGUAUAAAACAAAGUACUGGCUUCAAUAGCAUCAUUUGCAUUUGAUAAUUUGGAUAGUUUUGUUUACUUUUAUUAUUAAUAUCUUUAUGUAAUAUAUAAUUAACAUGGGUUAUUGUUUGUUGGCACAACCGUGGACAUACCAAAAAAUUGAUGGCGGCCCAUCGAAACUGCCCAAAGAUUUUCCAUGGCCCAUCUCAAAUCACUCCAGCCCAACCUAGCAGUUACUUUAUGACCGGUCCCUAAAGGGGGUUUGAUGGUAUAGUAAUUCAUAGUUAUUUCCCAGGUUCCCAACACGUUGAGCGCUCACGAAGAACGGCAAGUUCAAGAAAUCCUCGAGCGUUUGGCAAGUGAGGUGAAAAGAAGACGUCUCAUGGUCUAUCCUUUCUUCAAAGAUUUUGAUAGGGUAAAGUUUUGCUAUAAUUACACCUGUUGUAAACGAACCAAUUUGCACUGGAGACCGAAUCGCAUUAAGGCGCAUGCAUGCAUUUACACGCUGCGAUCGUCGUGUACGAUUCGUAUUCUGGCGUGUACGAUCAGACCACGACGCUAAGAAACUAGAGCAAGUGGUUUGUCAGAAUAACCAAAUUUUAGAAAAACUUCAUCAUAAAAAGCAAAGUUAUUUGACGAGUGAAAACCAAGUUCAGAAAAAAACCCGCGAAGAAACACCAGCAAACCUUUGUUUUUCAUGGGUUUGAACUAAACACAGAAUAAUAAUAGUACUUAGUUUUUUGCUUUUAUUAAGUGGGGUAUUGACCACUAAAAAUGAGCAUUUAUGUGCAAAAAUUGAAAAACAUCGAUCGGAAAACUCUGUCAUUUUUCAGCUCGCAUGUUUUAUACCAACAAGAGAUUACUCUAUUGGCCGCCAUCUUGGUUUCAGCCAAUCAUGUAUAGAGUUAUCAGCAGUAUUUAUAGAGUUCACUGUAUACGAUUCGCUUUCUCCAUCUUAAGGUAAUUCCGCAGUAAUUGUUCCCGAAAUGAGAAUGUGCUGAAACUUCCCAGGCAUGGAGUUUCUGAUAUACUUGAAGUAAAAUCACACCAAAAAGUCGGGGUCACCGAACUCAAGAAGAUAUGACAAUCACAAUAUACCACCUUUACCGCAAUAUGGCGCCAUCUUGACGCUUAUUACGAGUAACAGCAAACUCACAACAGCCCGAUAUUUAUUGACUUUUUAGCGCGGAUUUUGCUUUAGUAAACCUGUCUUGUAAUUAUUUUUGAAAAAAUAUUGUGUUUUGAGCAAAAUGAAACUACUAACGUGUACAAUUCUGAUCAAUUCAAAAUGAAACUACUAACGUGUACAAAUGUCUUUUGCACAUUUCUUUACAUAUCUUUCUUUGAGAACAUGCAUUGAUAAAGCAUUUUUUUUUCAAGAUCCAGAAAUGAUUUCUCUUUUAAUUUCGGAUAUGAAAUGUAAAAUGCAUUAAAGAAAUAAAUUAUCAGUUAAAAAACGGGGGUCACCGAUCUUUUUGGGGAAUUGUGGCAUUAAAACGUCAAAUACAAGUAAAUAUACUACAGACACAGAAACCCUAGCUACACUUUUGUAUGCCUUUUUUGAAAACAUUGAUUUUAACGUAAUUCUUUGCACGAAUGUAACCAAAGAUGUUGUGAAGUAACAUAAAAUUGUCAUAAAAUGAUAUUUUGUUUUAAAGGGUAGGUAUAAUGGAUGAAAUUAUAAGUUAUAAGAUUUGCGCAGUAAACGUGCGCAAUGCAAAACUGCGGAAUUACCUUAAGUUUAUCUUAUAAAUCUCAAGAGAUUGAUUUCAAACCACCAAUAUUGCUCCCAUAGAAAGCAUGUCGAGAACCUGUCCACUAUGUAGCUUCUUCCACAACAAUAUUUUCUAAAUCUUUUAUCUACAGAGUAAAGCAUACACUCGUGGCAUAACAAAACCUCAAUUUGAAAGAAUGCUCCAUGUGUUGAGUUUGAACCUACAGGCAAACGAACUUGUUGUAAGUAUCAUAUAGUCUCGAUCACUGUGUCAUGCCAAAAGUAAUUUAAUAAUAUUCAUUGCUUUAUUUUUUUUUAAUUUCAGCUUAUCUGUAAGAAGUUUGAGUAUCCAGUCGGUGGAGACAUCAAUUAUCCAGCGUUUAUCCAAGCCAUCGAUCCUGGUAGGUAGAGAAGCCUAUGAAACGAUUUUGAAUCGUUUUGAAUGAUUCAAAAUCUUUUCAACCAAAGAAGUUGAGAAAAUAGUCGAAGAUAAAAACUCGAAGAACACCCGAUAACUACAAGAGUGGCGACACAGGAUUUCAAAGAAUAUAUCAUGAAAUAUAUUUGCCAUGAUGCAAAAGAGCCACGGCAUUGUACAGCUAAAUGUGUAACCAAUUCAAUUUUUGUUUGUCGAAAAUUUGUUAGUGUCACAGAAUGAAUCACAAAGUAAUUGUUGGAUUUGACUUCGCAGCAUAUUCAGAAUUUUUCAAACCUCUGUCAAUGUUAUUCGACUCAGCCGUCGUGUUCUGCAAAUAGAAUAGAAUAGAAUAGAAAUCUUUAUUUACCCACGUAAAAACUGAUUCACAAAAGUGCUCUUCCAGAGUGACGUGCAUUAACUAUAUAUACAUAAAUAAAGUUACAAAACUAAUGACAUGAAAAAUUAAUAUAAAACUAUAAUAUAAUAUCAUACUGUAUAGGCUAUACGCUAUUGGAGAGUUACACACUAAAUUUUAGCGACCCCUUAAAUUCUGUUGUCAGAACAUGUCUUGGAAGAGAAUUCCAGAUUACAGCUCCGCUGUAUGAAAAACUCUUUUUGAGAAGAUUGCUCUUUGGUUUUGGAGGUAAAAGAUUUAGAUCAGAGUUUCGCAAAUCAUGAUCAUGUACUUGAUUGGUUUCGCGAAACAAAUCUUUUAAAUACUCAGGAGCCAAGUUGUUAAGCACUUUGUACAUCAUGAUAGCUUUUUUAGUUCUUCGGUCAUGAGCAAGUGCACGCCACCUAAGUUCAACAAGUAAUUGACUAGAUGAAGCGUCAUACGCGCUCUUUGUGAUGAUUCUGGCUGCCCUGUUUUGCAAUAUAACAUUGACCUCGGUCUGAAUAAUUCUGAAUGUCCUGCUCAACCUCAUCCAACAAUUGUUACUAACUGUUAUUGAAUUAAUCCAUUUAAUAAACAAUCUGGGACCGGAUGUUCAAAGCUCAAUUAGCACUAACCCUGGGUUUUGGUUUUAACCUGCAUGCUGAAAUAAAACUUGAUAAAAUAAAACAAGAUUUCUUGAAAAAGUAAACGUUUUCAAUCUAUUGUAUGGGAAGUUUUUUCGUUAACCCAAGAUUAAGCCAACGAGCAUGCAAUGAAAACUACAAUAUGUCCACGUUGUAUUGUGUUCUCUAUUUCAGAAUACGUUGCCUCCUCCAAAGACUUGAUAUCCGACGAUGAUUUCAACAGGUAAGCUUAACCAGUGGCGGAAACGUUGCGAAUUUUUUUUUUUUUGGGGGGGGGGCGAGUUCCGAAGGCACGAGAUUUCUAGGGGGUAUGGAGGAAUGCUCCCCAGAAAAUUUUUGAAAUUUGGAUCAGUCCCUGAAAUGGCAUUUGCAGCAUUCUAAGAGUACAUUCUGUAAGAAAUUUCAGGUUUUCAAAACAUUAAUUUAAUGGUGCAUCUUGUUAUAAAUCAUAUGCUAAGCAUAAAAAUGAUUAAAUACAUUUGUGAAUGGAAUUGCAAGGUGGUUUAAUGGACCAUUUGCAUUAUAGACUAAAUUUUGAUCUAGACAAAAAUUUCAUCACAGCUUGAAAGAGCAUCACAAAAUUAAUAAUAUUUCAAAGUUUCGUUGCGAAAUGUUGUAAAAUGCGGAUAAUAUAGCCUUGCGAAAUUUGCAAUUUUCAGUCAUUUUGUAUUACAAACGGGAAAUUGAUGCCCCAACACCCGAUUGGGCUGUCAAUUUCCCGUGCGUAAUAGAAAAUAACUGAAAAACGUCCCGCGCAUCGUCAGCUUCUAGAAGCUUAUAAUAUAGACUAGCCAUACCUUUCGCCGAACAUAACUUCGGCCCCUUCGGACGUAUCUUCUUUGUAAUAGUCUUGUUCGAAUCGCUAUUAAAAGCACGAUUUAGAGUGUUAUUUUCGAGCUUGUAUCUUCAAAUUUGCAUCUUUAUCACGGCAUUUCCAUUUCUGAUCAGACUGUGAGCUAAUCCCAGCUGAAAAUACAAUUUCAAAACGUCAAAACAAUGCGACGUUUCUAUCGUACAGUAUGACUCUGGGAAUGCCAGAAAUCGUUUCUCAAGGUAAAAGUGCACCUAUACGCGUGAUUUUUGACGUCUUCCAGCUACGGGAGCUCCUUAUUGGACAGGAAUAGCGCGUGGCACGCGGGUUACAUUUUUCGAAAUGAAAGCUAGCUAAAAUUAUUGGGGGGGGGGGGCGAUUGCCCCCCUGCCUCCUCCCCCUAGUUUCCGCCACUGGAUUACACAACAUUUGAAGAGUUAAAACAUAGAACUUUAUUAAUAUUGUAUAUUUUGAUAGAUAUUAGAGCAUAUUUCAUGAAAAUAACAUAAUUGAUUUUCUUCAAACUAGAUCUGAGGAUCCUCAGCCACCACGCCCGCUGGAUUUGAGCUCUGUUGAUUUCGGCGAUCUCAUUGGUCGUAUUCGACAUCACGUGUUAACCAACAGAAUAAGGGUACGAGUCUCGCGAAAUGUUUGAAAUUCUUGGUCUUUGAGUUUUGGCAUACAGCCAAUUCAAAAAAGGUUGUCCUUUGCAAACCUUAAUUAACGGCUUAAUAAAUGGGAACACAAGUUUCAAGCUUAGUAGUUGAAUAUUGCAGCUAUUUGUGAAUGAAUUGUUCUCGUAAGGAGAUAUUUACCAUGCCUGUGAUGCCUCUACGAAUAGACAAUUCCCAUUUUUGACUAAUUUUAAAAUUAGGCAAGGAAACUCAAAUAAAUCACCACAGCUAGAAAGAGCAUACUAAAAUUAGUACAAUUACAAAAUUUGGUUGAGAAAUGUUGUAAAAUGAGGAAAGUAUAGCCUUGCAAAGUUCGCAAAUUUUGUAUACUUUUGUAUUGCUUGCGGAAAUUCCUACCACAUUCCUACCACAUUUAGGCCGAAAAUGGUCGCACGCAAUACAAAAGUAUACAAAAUUUGCGAACUUUGCAAGGCUAUAUUUUCCACAUUUUACAACAUUUCGCAACCAAAUUUUGUAAUUUUACUAAUUUUACUAUGCUCUUUCUAGCUGUGGUGAUUUAUUUGCAUCUCCUUGCCUAGUUUUAAAAUUAGUCUAUAAUGGGAAUUGUCUAUUGGGCCCCAUAUAUGAUUUCUAAACUGAUUAAAUGAUGCUCCCAUUAUGCUUUGCGCGCUUAGAGUUUAAGGUUUAGAGUUUAACGUUUGCAAAGGACAACCUUUUUUUGAAUUAACUGUAAUAUUACAGGGACAUCAUAAUGUUGAUGUGAAAAAAAUCGUAUUCAACGUUAUUACGUCAUGUUGUAGAAAUACGGAUUAGAAAUGUGGAAACACGACCAAAACAGUAUGUCUUUGAAUUUUCCAUUGAAAUGAAUCGAACUGGAAUGCUACCUUCAGAUAAACUGCCUAUUUUUUAUUGAAGCCAAAUCUGACACGCGUGUUUAUGUCUCGCAACUCACUGGCGACACGACUUUUAUCGCAGAAAAAUGCUUUUUCAAUAAACAAUUAUUAGAAAACGCUCUACGUAUGCAUGAAAAGAAUGGGACUGGCCUUCACGUUUGACUUCAAAUUUCCGGUUGAAGGUAGUGUUCCAGUUGGCCUUAAUUGAAAUAGUUGUAUAUUUCCUUCAUCGUUUCAGGUGGAGGAAUAUUUUCAAGAUUUUGAUCCUCUGCGCAGUGGUUCAAUCAGCAAAAGUCAUUUUCGUCGAGGUCUCAGCUCACUUGGUCAACAUCAGCUGACUGAUGCGCAGUUUGAGGUCAUGGCGCUGUAUUAUUCUGAUCCCAAGAGGUCCGGGAAUGUGAUAUGGACACAGUUCUUGAGAGAUAUUGAACAAGGUAAUUUUUAUUUCUUAUCAGUAGGGGGAGGUGGUCGGUAAUCCAGAAAAAAUUAUGUUUUUUGCAAACCGUUUCAACUGAUGUUGUUUUAGAAAUUGAUUGAAACAAAAUGGCACCUUCUCAAAAUCACAACGUUCAGCGAAGCCAAUCAAAUGCUUGUGUUUUGGAUGACAAAUUGCGAAACCAAUCAAAUAUGCUUGUGUUUUGGCGAAUUUUUUCUCUGCUGUGGAAAUCACUACGAUAGAAAAUUUUCGCACAAGUGUGUUUUCGCGCGAAAUUUUUCGCAUUUUGCUCGUCGUGGAAUUAGGCCUUAAGGUCUAACAAACGCAUAAAAUUCACAGUAAAAAUUUUCAUCUACAACAUCCUGCAACAUAGUUGAAUCGAGUGAGACGCCCAAAUUAAAAAUUCUGGUAUUUACCCAAUGUUACUAAUUAGUUCACACCCUGUUUCAAAACUGUCUGCGUAUUGAAUUGUAGUGUUCACGAAACGCGGUCUUGAGAAGAUACCAACGUUUGCUGUGCCGUCCAGUGAAACAUUCUUGAUGGACAAACCUGGGGCAAGGACAGAUCUUGAGGCGACGGAGCUGCUGGAUCAAUGUAUGCAUCGGUUGCGUGAAAGAACGAAACAACGAAGACUUCUUGCUAAACCAUGUUUUCAAGAUUUUGACAAGUAAGGCUUGUUUUGCUUGAGACGAAUGGGAAAGUUGAGUAAAGGCUGAUCUCCAGUCACGCGUUUUUCAUACGUUUUUCAUACUUUUUAAAUGUUUAUACUUAUGAAAUAACUGAAUGAACAGAAGGAAAGCAUAUAGUUUCGUGCAUAAUUUAAUGUGCAUUUGUACAGGUAGUUCAUUCUAGUGUUAAAUUUUAAAAUAUUUAAACUUUCGCACGUAUGAAAAACACUUGACUGGAGAGCAGCCUUAGGUAGGGAUGGGCAAUACCAGCUUUUUCAUUCGAUACGAUAUUUCCUCGAUAUUUGCCGGGUUUUUUCGAUAUCGAUACCGAUAUACCGAUAUUUUCCCAACUUGAACAACCAUUAGAUUAGAUUAGAUGAGGCAACAACACUAACAAUAUAAACAUUUAAUAAUAUUUGUCAGUGAUUGCAACCAACAAUAACCAGAAACUCCGAUCCUGUCCGUGGACCAUUAUAGCACCAUAGAACAUGAACUAUUUACGCCUAUUUAGGCUUUUUGGUAUCAUUUUCAUGAUGUGAUGCCGCUGACCAAAAUGAAAAAUAUCGCAGGCGCAGAAAUAUCGAAACAUCGAUAUUUCUCGCCAGUAUUGAUACUUUUCUUCAAAACCCUGAUAUCGAUAGUAUCGAGUAUUUGGUAUCGAUAUCGGCCCAUCUCUAGCCUUAAGGCUAGUGCAUGAGCUCCAUUAUGUAUCUAGAGCGAGACCUCGAGUCCAAAGAGUGAAGCCAAGAUUGCAGAAAUUGACAUCCAUUAGCUAUGAAGGUCAUGAACAGUCUUAAUACCAUUUUCCUGAGCUAAUUCCAGUUUUUCUAACGGACCGUAUCGCUAAACAAGUUAUCAGUUCAUAAAACCAUAGUGUUAUUCUUUAAACAGGGUUCGUACAAAACUUGAAAGUCCUUGAAUGUCCUUGAAUUUGAAAACAAAAAUUCAAGGCCUUGAAUGUCCUUGAAUUUGUAAAGAAGUACUUGAAUGUCCUUGAAUUCUUCUUGCUUUAGUUCUUGGAUAUUAUCUGAAAUUGUUUGACAUUCAAGACGGACAUUUUGUUGAACUGAUGUUGCAUGUUCAUAUCUGACCUCAUUAUAAAGUUACAUUUUGAACAAUUCAACGUCAGAUUUUGCUGAUUUCUAACGCCUUCUUCAGUAUUUAGUCCUUGAAUUUGCUGAUACAUGGCCUUGAAUGUCCUUGAAAAGUCCUUGAAUUUGACUCUUCAUGACAUGUACGAACCCUGUUUAAAUCGAUGUCAAAAUACGAAAUUUCUGCACACUCCUUGCCAGCUUUGUGUUAACCGCGCAGACAACAUAAUAAAAAGGGACUGGAACUGACAUCCAAUAGCUCUCUUUGCUUCACUUUUUGGACUCGAGUUUUCGCUUCAGGUAUGUAUGGAGCUCUGCACUAGUUGGGGCUCGGUGGCUCGCUAUAAUUUUCAUAUUUGUGCAUUUUAAUAUUUAAAUUAUUCAAGCCAAUUCUAACGCGAUGUUGAAUCUCUUUGUUGUAGACACAACAAUGGCCAUGUAACAAAAUCCCAAUUUCGACAAUGUCUGCAACAUUUGGAGUUAAAUGCAACUGUCAAAGAGAUGGAGGUACCAUGCAGGGCUUAUAUAUUUAUUUUAUAUUAUGUAUUUAAAACACGAGAAGGAGUGUUUUAUCAUAUUUAAAACGCGAGGCGCAUCCGAGCGUUUUAGAUAUGAUAAAACGCGAGUUCGAGUGUUUUGAAUAGCUUAAAAUACGACUACAAAAGAAUGCUAAUUAGGAUGAACAAUUAUAUAAUCAUACUAAUUAGGAUGAACAAUUAUAUAAAGAAUACUAAUGAAGAUGAAUUUUAUCAGAUAUAAAGUCACUCCACGUGACAUAUUAUGGCUGACAUGAUUUGCCACAAGGUUUAUGAAUUUUUAAUGAGUAUUUUAAUAAUAAGUAAUAUAGCAUCAUGACUUCUCGUCCAAUUUUGAAAAACAUGCGUUCGUGAGUUUUUCAAAGACUUCAAAUUGCACUUGUCCUUCCCGUGCAGAUUUGAUCGUCUUAGAAAAACUCAUUCGUACAUUGCGCUCAAGACCACACUAUAUAUUAUCCCCAGGGAUGGAUCCAACAUACGAUGGGGGGGGGUGUGCUCUGCCAGCUCUGGUGCCGAAUUGUGUCGGUGAUCACCUGGGCCGCCCGCCCAUCAACUUGUUGACUACUGUAUUUGAAUUGUAGUCGUUGUUCACAGUUCGCUUAUCAUCAUGUUAUUAUACUCAAAUUACUGUAUCUCAUUUUGUCCAUAAUAUUUUUUUGCUUUAUCAUGAAAAAUAGCACCACCCGCACCCCCUCUGACCAGGGAUAGGAGGGUGCACCCCCCCAAAGAACAUUAAAUUAUCCAAAACAGUGUUAAUUUUAGAUUAACCAGAAAAUGUUUAAUUAAGAGAUUUUUAGAGCAUACAAGUUAUUUUCUUGCUUUAUUCGUAGGUAAUGGAAGAAAAAUUCUCAGACGAUAUUGGUGUUAAUUACAUCCGAUUUUUGGAGGAAUUACAGGUAUGUACGUUUUCCAAUUACACUAAACUACUAAAGGAUCUUUUUCCCUCAUUGAGGCAAAUUAGUCGUUACUCGCAUCUCGCGAGACAAAGGAUUCGAGGUAACUACGAUAUUAUUAAAAUAAACUACCAAGCAAUGUGAUUGGACGCACAUGCAUGCACGUAUUCGCAGCAAGCUUGUGUCUUGUUUACGAUGAGUGGAAAAGAGCCUUACAGCCUUUGGGCAAAUAGCCUGUUGGGAAGCCUCUUAUCAAUGAGUGAGAAAUUCAGUAUAGUUUCUCUGACUCUCAAAUUUGAUGAAGUUGUUUUUUUCAGCCAAGCGAGAAGGAGGUGAACAGCUACGUUCGUAGACUGGAAGAAUUAAAACUUGUUAACAACAAAGUGGUAAGUUUACCAUGUAGUAACCGCGCUAGUUCCGUCGUUCCAUUUGUGGUAAAUUAUUUGUUUUGUACUCGGUGUUAAAGCUCAAGCAAAAUUUCAUAUCAAAUUCCCUUGCAGAUGCCGGACCAUGGGUCAGAGGAUAUUGAACGUAUACUGCAAAAGAUAAAAAACAAGGUAAUCUCUAGGAAACAAACUACAUAGAAGUUCCAUCUUGAAAUAUUUAAGUGGAACAAGAACACACAAUAUUCACCAGUGAUAUUUCGAAUUUAUUGCAAAUUCACCAGACUAAUUUACACAAGCUAACUUAUAUAGGGAUAUUUAACAAUUAUUCGCCUCAGGCUCGGUGAUUAUCGGGGAAUAUUCGCCGAGACGAAGUCGAGGUGAAUAUUCCCCGAUAAUCACCGAGCCUGAGGCAAAUAAUUGUUUUAGUAUUUUUGCACAAGUUUUUUUUUGUUUUUCUGGUCUGAAUUCAUAUUUUAGUUUCGCUUAUUUCUUUAUCACUAACUUCAACAAAACGGAUAGCCGCCAUUUUGAAAAUUUCGAUUUUGUUAUAUUUACCUGUAGGUGAAUAUAACAGAUUAAUACGUCAAAUUUGACCAAUCACCUUGUAGGAUUUGUUAUGUUCACUUGUGCAAAAAUACUAAAUAUAUAUAUAUAGGACAGUGCAACCGAUGAUAAGCUUAGAUAGAAUUUUCGAUCUCCAUUAAUAAUUAUAAGUGUGUAAAAUCUGGAACACAGCCAUUGCAUUUUUUCCCCUGACAGCAACCUGUAUUACAUAAAAUUGUAGGAAUUAUUGUCCACGUAGUAUUCUGUAAACUAUCAUUUCAAUUUCUCUUCAGGUUGUGAAAGAGCGUAUCCGUGUUUUGGAGUUCAUGCGUGACUAUGACAAGUUACGAAGUGGUCGAAUGUUAAAGACAUAUUUUGCUCGAGCUCUUGAUCUCUGUCAGCUGGGACUGACUAAGAAAGAAGUUGAUAUUUUGACCAAAGUGUAAGUAAGAGUUGAUAUAUUGGUCGCUUGGGGGGGGGGGGGGGGGGAUUUAGGUUGUAACCAUGAUGAAACCAUUUUGUUGCUGAAAAUCUUAUAGUUCCUUGGACAUUUUGUCCUCAAAUUUCAUGCGAUAUAUAGAUUAAUCUAUGGCCAACCACGGUUGUUGUGACUGCUUUGGUACACAGUUAUCCCGCUAUCAAUUGAAAAUUAUGGGAGGGACGUAUGGUUGCCCCCAGUUAUUGAUCCACUUAACAUAAUCUGGUGGAUCAUAGGGCGCUUUCCAUUUAAUGGCCUGACCGGUCAGACCCGAAUUUUUGUCUCUGUAUCAAUGGAAAGAUCCGGUCUAUGUUUCUCAAAUAUCUAGCGAAAAUAAACCUCAUUCUUAUUUUGGCUAAAUUUUCUGGUCAGAUAUGUCCGAAGCUCAAAACGUUUUGUGUCCCAUUCAACAAUUUGGCCGUUCUUACCGGUCUGGCAGUGUUAAUGGAAAGCGGCCUUAUAACCAUGCAGGAAGUCAUUGUUAAAUUAACUCUAGCCAAUAUGUUUAAAUAACCAGGGAAAAGGUUACUGUUAUAGGAAAAUUUACCGAAAAUAUUAAGUUAAUUGCUAAAUAGGGUUAUUUCUGUGUUAACCAGAUUUUAAUCUGAAACUGUAUAGUAAAGUUGGCGCCGGCAUCCUAUCUUUAAUGCAACACUGAUCUCGUACCCAAUUCGUCUUAAGAUGCAAGUUUUGAAGUUGAACAAUCUUAUGUACUAUUACUAUAAUUACGUAGGUGAUUAUUGAAAAUUCUCCACGCUGAUUGGUUGCCGUUGAGGUGAUUAUAACGCGAUAAUCACCUAUAAGCGAUUUGUGUAUCGAAGAAAUGUGUAUUUUUUAUUUUUUUCCCAAAUAAUCACCUAUGAAAUGAAACUAAAACAAUUAUUCACCUCAGGCUCGGUGAUUAUCGUGAAUAAAAACCUCGACUUCGUCUCGGUUUUUAUUCACUAUUCACCGAUAAUCACCUCGCCUUUGACCUGGAAUAAUUGUUAAAUAUUGUUUUUCAUAAACUUGAGUUCUGUUAUUUUUGGCAGAUCUAAAUUGGGAAAUUACUUGCUAGACAUAAUUGAGAAAACGGCGUAUAAUAAUAUAGACCGAUUCGAAAAAUAGUUAUUCUUUUUUCUCCCGACUGAAUUAAUUUCAACCAAGGUAAUCACUGUCGCCUUAUAAGAAUACCUCAAAACUGAAGUAUAAAUAUAAUACCAUGUAUUCUCUUUGAGAAAUUAAAAGCCUGACUAUAGCCUCAUUUUUGCGCUUUUUUUGGCACAACUGAAAAGGCUAUAAUUGCAAAACUGUGAUAGCUAUAGAUUCGAAUCGGUGAAUAACGCCGAAUUUUUGACUGUAUAUAGCUGACACCCUUCACUUCCGACCAAAACGUGGACUGGUCUGACAUAUGAGCAAGUUUUGAGAAUUAUAUUGAAUCCACUUUGUUGACUUUGUUUUUGAUCAGGUAUACAUCUUCACACGAUCCUGACUAUGUGGACUACGUGGAGUUCUCAGACUACAUUGAAUCUAUAUUCACUUUGAAACGUAAGUCUCGAGUGAUUUUUGACUAGCGUAGUUUAAUUUAUAUUAGACCACGGCUUUAGACGUGUUGGGAUCCAC